AAUAGCUGCGUACCUCCUAGUAUUACUACCCCUGAUUGUCUUCUUCUAUUCUUUCUGUUCUGUAAACCUUUCCUUUGUCCUAAUUAACCUGGUGUUGCAUUAAGAUGGCUUCGAACCAAGAACCAUGGCUGUUGGAAAAUGGCAACAUAAAGGUCCUAACCAAAGAGCACCGGAAGAAGUCCGCUCACAACAGGUCCUCCACUUCACUGAGGAAGAAGUCCGAUCGCACCCUCGUUUCCAAAAUUCCGUGUUCACUUCUUAGACAAUUCCUGGCCAAUCUUCAGGAGGUUAUUUUGGGUACCAAACUCUCAAUUCUAUUCCCUGCCAUCCCGGCAGCCAUUGUGGCCGACUCUUUUGGCUUUGGAAGACCUUGGGUUUUCGCGCUUAGCCUAAUUGGACUAAUGCCACUAGCAGAACGUGUCAGUUUUCUCACCGAACAAAUUGCUUAUUUCACUGGUCCAACAGUUGGAGGGCUUCUCAACGCGACAUGUGGCAACGCCACCGAGCUGAUUAUAGCCGUCUUUGCUCUAAACCAGCGCAAAAUCGCAGUGGUGAAGUAUUCCCUUCUGGGAUCGAUACUCUCCAACCUUCUCCUAGUCCUCGGCACGUCUCUCUUCUGCGGUGGCAUUUAUAACUUGAAAAAGGAACAAAAAUAUGACAGGAGACAAGCCGAUGUGAACUCUUCAAUGCUGCUGCUGGCGCUGCUGUGUCACUUGCUGCCACUGCUCUUCACUUACGCCGCAGAAGCAUCAGUGGCCACGGCGGUCCCCACGCUCCAUCUGUCGAGAGCUAGCAGCGUUGUGAUGCUGAUUGCUUACGCUGCCUACAUUGUUUUCCAGCUCUGGACUCACCGCGAGUUAUUUGAAUCUGAAGAUGAAUCGGACAACGAUGAUGUUGCUGAGGAAGAAGCGGCUGUGAUUGGAUUCUGGAGUGGUUUUGUGUGGUUGGUUGGAAUGACUGGAGUCAUAGCUUUGUUGUCUGAGUAUGUAGUCGGAACCAUUGAGGAAGCAUCUGAUUCUUGGGGGUUGUCUGUGAGCUUCAUCAGCAUAAUCUUGCUGCCUAUUGUUGGCAAUGCAGCAGAACAUGCAGGAGCUGUGAUUUUUGCUUUCAAGAACAAGCUGGAUAUAACCCUUGGAGUCGCGUUGGGCUCUGCAACUCAAAUUGCCAUGUUUGUGGUUCCAUUUUGUAUCAUCGUAGCUUGGAUUAUGGGUAUUAAUAUGGAUCUCAAUUUCAGUCUCCUUGAGACUGGCUCUCUUGCUUUAUCAAUCCUAGCCACGGCCUUCACAUUGCAGGAUGGUACAUCUCACUACCUGAAAGGACUGAUUCUUCUGCUGUGCUACAUUAUUAUUGGAGCCUGUUUUUUUGUAUCUAACGCUACACCUAAUGAUCCAAACAAUAUCAGUCCGGGACUUCAAACAUCAACUGGGUCAGUAUUUGGAGCUUAAGAAAAUUUUGGCCUUCAGGGCCGAGUGACCAGCUGCAGCAUCAUCGAAUCCUCCAACAUACAUUUGCAUGCAAUUCUUCGAUCAAUUUUUUAUUGUCUUGAUUGCCUGCCGGAAAGCGAAUCACUUCAUACUUGAUACUGGCCGAAAUACCUUACAAUUUGGUAUUCAUGAAGCUUGAUGACGACAGGCUACCCCAUACAGCAUAUGUCAUGUUUAAUGUAUUUCGGAUAUCAGAUUGUUUUUUCAUCUGGCUUUUUAUCUAUCGCUAUUCUCUAUGCUUGUUGUAAUGCAAUGAAUAAGUGGAAGUGUAUUAUGUUGUGGGUUUGCAUGCAAUCAAAUCAAAGUUUGCUAGUAUUCUCACUAUUCUGUAUUCAUCAAGUGUUUAUGAAAUCUGAAUUGCUAGUAUACAA